AUUAUUGAAUUUGAUAACGUCAACUGUCAAAUCAACGUGUUCCAACUUGUAAAAAAUCUGAAUUCUUAAAUUAAAUUUAAAAAUGUCUUCUUCCUUCUUUUUAAAAGGGAAGUCGAGACAAGUGCAUAAAAGGAAAGGUGAGCAAAUAAACAAGAAACCGAAAAAACAAAAUGCACCUAACCUCGAAAACGGACCUGCGUCCUCCGACAGUGAAUUGGAUCUUAAAAAGUUUUCUGACGCAGAAGAAUCUGAAAGCGAUCAUGAGACACCCGAGCAGAAGAAGCUGCGACUCGCUAAGAAAUACCUCGAGGAAAUUGAAAAGGAGGAAGCUAAGCGCGCGGAAUUUAAGGACCUCGACGACGCUGUUGAGAAACGUUUGCAAAGAGACUAUUUAGAGCAGAAAGGUAAACUACGAGUAGAAGUUGCCGACAACUAUACCGCUCCAGCUGAAAAUGAUGUGAAGUUAAUUCGUGCAAAAGAACAUCGUCUCUCCCUGACAUGUGUCUGUAUAAGUAGAGAUUCUGAAUUUGCCUUUACCGGUUGCAAAAGCGGCAGCGUUAUCAAAUGGAGUCUUCGAGAAAAGAAAAAACUUGGCAGCUUGACUUACAAAACACAUUCUAAAUACAUAACAGGAGGUGUAACAUCAAUUGCCAUUACAACUGAUUCAAAAUAUUUAGCAACGUCUGAUUCAUCACCUGAUAUACAGAUUUGGGACCCCCACACAAUGAAACAUGUGUACACAUUCAAAGGGCACAAAGAUGCUAUUAUAGGUCUUGUAUUUAGAAAGAACACACAUAGUUUGUACUCUGCAAGUAAAGAUAGGUCAGUUAAAAUUUGGUCAUUGGAUGAAAUGGCUUAUGUGGAAACUCUAUUUGGCCACCAGUCACCAAUAACAUCAAUUGAUGCUUUAACUAGAGAGAGGGCAGUCACAUCAGGUGGUAGAGACACUACAAUAAGAAUAUGGAAAAUAGUUGAAGAAUCACAACUAAUUUUCAAUGGACCAGUUGGUAGUGUUGAUGAGGUAAAAUUGUUAGAUGAAGAACAUUUUGUGUCUGGUAGUGACAAUGGUUCAAUUUGUUUGUGGAGUGUGUUGAAGAAGAAGCCUUUGUGUACUGUUACAGAAGCACAUGGGUUGGAGAAUAAUGUACCUCGAUGGAUAAUAUGUCUGGGCACUCUUUUAAACUCAGACAUCUUUGCUUCAGGCUCAUAUGAUAACGAAAUAAGGUUAUGGAAAGUAGCUGAUGCCUACAAAAAUAUUGUGCCUAUGUUUAGUUUAGAAAUUUGUGGUUUUGUUAAUUGUAUACAGUUUACAAGUGAUGGACUGCAGAUGUUUGCAGCAAUAGGGCAGGAACACAAAGGUGGUAGAUGGUUUAGGCGGGGUGGUGCCAAAAAUGGUUUAUUAAUUGUAAAUUUACCUGUUAAGAUAAAGUGAUUGCUAAAUAAAUUAUAUUUUACAUAAUAAUAAAUUAAUUAUUUUUU